AUGACUCCUUCUCCAGCGCCGUCAAGUAAUGGCGAGCUUCUCCAACACGGGCUCCACCAUGUGCUUCAACACAACUCGAAUACUUCUUACCCACAAGAACACUACGAACAUGAUGAAGGGGUCCACCUGCAUUCAAACUAUGGCUCGCCACCUCCUCAAGGUGAAGCGUAUGCCUAUGGCGGCCUGCAACCCAGGUAUUCUUACCAGCAUCAACACCAGGAUUCAGGUUUAGGGAUUCAAUAUGACGGCUAUAACCCAAAUUACCAGAGCUCAGUGUACGCAGAUCAAUACAGCACGCCAGCCACAUCACCGCCAACACCUUCAAUGGGCUUACAAGAUAUGCUACGUACGAGAAGCGGUCUUGCGAUCCAACGAAGUCAUCAAAGUCUUCGACCCAUGCCUGAAGGGCGAUCACGAAUCGAGAAGUCCCCAAAGCCAAAAAAAAUCAAGAAGGAAAAGAUCAAGGCGGAGAAGAAAGUCGCAAAACUUGAGAAACCCCUGAGUGAGUUAACCAAGGACUGGAAACACGUCCCAGUUGCCGAUAUAGAUACAUACGUCAACCGGUCCGCGGAGGAGCGACGGAGGGAAGUGGACGAGGGCAAGAUACCAGGCAAGGUGAAGCGUCCGAUGAAUUCUUUCAUGUUGUACCGCAAGGCAUACCAGAACCGGACGAAAGACUGGUGUCUUCAGAAUAACCAUCAAGUAGUCUCACAAGUCUGCGGAGACAGCUGGCCGCUAGAACCCCCUGAAAUUAAGGAGCAGUUCGGUGAGUGGGCACGCAUCGAGCGGGCCAACCAUCAAAAUGCACACCCAGGUUACAAGUUCUCCCCAACGAAACCAGGUGCAGCCAAGGCGACAAAGAGGAAACAAUCUGAGGAUAUAUUUUCGGAAGAGUCGGAUUUGGAGGACUUUAAUUGGCGGGAAUCAGGCAGGAGAUCCAAGAAGUCGAGACACAUGCAGACUCCUCGAGCUGCACAGCCUGUCCCAUAUCCAACGACCAAGUCAGCAUACCAGUAUUCCUCCAGAGGACCGUCGAUGGAGCCAGAAUAUGGCGGUUACAACCAGUCGUCCUACCAGGCCACAAACCCAGGAAGACCGUUACCAGCCCAGUAUCAGGCAAACCUUCACGCUGGAGAAUAUUACCAGCAGACAAUCCGACAGAACCCCAAUAUUGCCGGCGCUCAAGAUGUGAUCCUCACCAAGACUGCGGCACCAGGUGUACACUCGUACAUCGGACUCCCUAGCGGCGCACAAGAGUACAAUAUGAUGGAUCAAUACGGGCCGUACGAAGGACAACAACCACAUCAGCAGCAGCACGUUCCCGAGCAGAAAAUUGAGCCUUCCUUGAUGUCACACGAGCCGAUGUACCAGAACAGUAAGUACGGCAAUUCAAACGAAGGCGUGUAUUUCGGGGACACUCAGCACCAUGCUGAGCAGGAAUGGGCUCAUUCGUUCGGGAUGAUCGAUCCAGCGCUGGGUGAUCCUGUGAUGUCCUACACGCAGCCAGAACAAAGCCAUGCCAGCGAGCCGAUUCACAAUUCCCACGUGGACGUACUCAGGGGAAACCAAGAAGGUUGGCACGUUGAGACGCUGAGUGAUGGUGGGGAUUUUGACAAGUGGAUGGCAGAGGAGAACUGA